AUGUCGAAGCAGAGAGUCAUGAAGCUGGCGUCCUUUUUUUGGUUAACAUCAGCUUUCAUUGUUGCACUCAACCUUUUUCUGACAUAUAAACUAAAGUUAUGCCGUCCAUAUAUUAACAGGCUUUUCUGUGUAAAUUGGAGCAUUGUGUCACUGGCAUGUUUCCCUAAUGAAACCUCUAUUAAUGAAAUUGUUGCAAACAUUACAAUACUUAUUUGUAUUCUUUAUGGUUUCUUCAUUGUUUGGUCAUACAUGUAUAUAAUUAAAAGAUGUGCCAGUUCUAUGGAAAACCGGGCCAAGUUCAUGCAAACAUGUGUGCCACAUUUAAUUUCCUUGUGCACCUUUAUUCUAACUAUUUUGACUGAUAUUAUUAAUAAUCGACGUAGUUCUGCAGAUGUAGCCAAGACUUUGCAAAAUUUUAUUGCAAUGGAAUUUCUUGUCAUUCCUCCCCUCAUAAAUCCACUCAUUUAUGGUUUCAAACUGACSAAAGUUAGAAACAGAAUUAUUACUUUUGUUACYCUCAGAUGUAAAUAAAUGYRAGCACAACUCUUUCAGACGUAUUAAAAAGCAAUGCUUUCAUAAACAUUUACUUUGAUUUUUGCU